AUGGGGACGGUGACAGGUCCCUCCCAGGACCCCGACCCGGGGGGACACUUCCAGUUCCGCGUCAUCGUGCUGGGGGACGCGGCCGUGGGCAAGUCCUCUCUGCUGCGCUGCUUCGCCGAGGGGCCGGGGGGCAGUGCCGGGGGCGCGGCCACCCCCGGCCCCACCGUAGGCGUCGAGUUCUACAGCCGGACCGUCCCGGUGCCCCCCGCGGGCAGGGCCAAGCUGCAGCUCUGGGACACGGCCGGCCAGGAGCGCUUCAGGUCCAUCACCAGGUCCUUCUACCGGAGCGCGGCGGGGGUGCUGCUGGUGUUCGACCUCACCAACCGCGCGUCCUUCGAGCGCGUCCCCGAGUGGCACCGCGAGGCCGCGGGGGGCGGGGACCCCCCUGCAUUCGUCCUGGUGGGGCACAAGUGCGACCUGGAGGCCGAGAGAGCCGUGUCAGCAGAGGAGGCCGGGCACCUCGCCGCCAGCCUGGGCAUGGCCUUCGUGGAGACCUCGGCACGCAGCAACCUCAACGUGGACUUGGCCUUCCAGAUGUUGGCGGGGGGCAUCCAGGAGGCCCUGGCACGGGGGGUCCUGGCUCCUCACCGGGGCUGUGAUGGCAUCAGGCUCAUCCCCAGCCGGAGCCGCCGCCGGCCCCCGGCACGGGGGGAGCCCCAGGAGCGCUGCCAGUGCUGA